CAAUGCGAUCGAGAAUUGAUCGAUCGAUAGAUAGAGAGAGAGGGAGAAACCGCGUGUGCCUUGUUGAAGAUUAUAGAGAGAGAGAGAGGAGAGAGACACUGUUCGAAACCAGUUGGUGCCUUUGCCCUAAAAUACUGAAGGGAGUUAUUGACAAUCUGUCGUUCUCCACCCUAAAUUCGGCCAUGUUUGGCCCUCCUAGGCAUCACUCAGAAAGACUGAGUGCACGUGGCGGAAGGGAUCGUUCACAGAGUGAGUAUACACCAAGGUUUGAAGAGCGGGAAAGUUUUGGUUCAGGCACAAGAGGUGGUCUAAAUGAUACAGGAACGUCUCGGCAUCUUUGGGUUGGGAACAUAUCUCGCCAUGUGACCGAGAAUGCUUUAGCGGAACAAUUUUCUCGGUUUGGCGAGUUGGAGAGUAUUGCUAUGUACCCCGAACGCAACUAUGCUUUUGUUAACUUCAGGAGAGAAGAAGAUGCGGCACUUGCCUUAAGAGGCCUUCAGGGGUUUCUCAUUGGCAACUUGGCAAUGAAAAUAGAAUUCGCAAAGGGGGCCAAACCCAGUCGGUGCUUAUAUGUCACUGGUAUCUGUCCGUCUGUGUCUGCUGAAGAAUUGGAGGCAAAAUUUUGUAGAUUUGGAAACCUUGAAGCUUUCAAGCUUGAUCAGGAACGAGGCAUGGCUUUUGUGGAUUUUGAAAGGACCGAUGCGGCCGUUGCUGCAAUCGCAAGUUUAAAUAGGAGGAGGAUAGGAAGACAGGAACUUAGAAUUGAUUUUGUCAAGCCUCAAUCAGAAAAGCAGGAAAGAUCGUUAUCUUCGUUUUCAAGGGGUGAUGAAUAUCUUCCAAAUAGAAUGGAACACCACUCUUCAGAAAUGAGGGACUUAAGUUUAAGAAAUCCAUCAAUGCUUGGAAACCGUUCUGGGCCUCCUUCUGACAAGUAUCGAGGUGAUAAAAGUGAAGAUCCCAGUGAAGUUCUUUGGAUCGGUUUUCCAUCCCAUUUUAACAUUGAUGAAAUGAUAUUAAGACGUGCAUUUUCACCUUAUGGUGAGAUUGAGAAGGUCACAACUUUUCCUGGUCGCAGUUAUGCUUUUGUGCAGUAUCGAAGCAUUGCAGCAGCAUGUAGAGCCAAGGAAGAUCUCCAUGGUAAAUUGUUUAACGACCCACGUGUGCAUAUCUGUUUCGCGAAGAGUGAAAUUGGGCCAAUUGAACAUGCAAAAAAGUCAACCAGUGCUCCUUUGCCACCAGCAAACAAAUCUUAUGGCAAUUCUGGACCUAGUGGAAGGCUCAUCGAAAACCCCCACCAUGAUAGAAAUUUUUGGCCUUCUUCAAAUGGGGAUUUUCGUACACCAAGUCCUCGAGUUUCUAGUUUUGAGAAGAUUAGGCCUGUUGGUUCAGCAUCCAGUGCUGGUUUUGCCUUUGAACAGAACAGGCUGCGAAGGUUUGAAUCUGAUAAAGGAAAGGCAGAAGAUGCAUAUGAACCUCCUGAUAGAAGACCCCAAAGCAAUUCACGUUUUGAGGACUCCUGGGACUUGCCUGAUGUCGAUGUUCUUUUACGAGAAACAAAGAAGCCAAGGGCUGGUUCCUUGCUGCAUGAAAAAGAACUUCCAGAAUAUCCUUUUACUGAUAUAGGCCCAAAGAAGAUGCAAUUUGGUCCUCGACAGUACUUUCCUGCUUUGUCUGGGCAUGAAGGCUUUGACAAGAAGUUGGAAUUGGGUUAUUUUGGAACUAAACAUGGUGAGGGGCAUUCAGAGAAUAUGAACCGGCCAUCUUUGGAGAGAGACGAACAUUGGCGUAAUCAUGAUAAUUUUGAAGCACGAUCUAGUCCUAUGACUUUGAAACCUGCUCAGCAUGACCAACUCACUCCUGAUGCACACCAAUCCCCUUUGGACGAGGCGUGGAAGUGGAAUGGUACAAUUGCAAAGGGAGGGACUCCUGUUUGUCGAGCUCGUUGCUUCCCAGUUGGAAGAGCCCUUGAUGUGAUGCUGCCUGAGUAUUUGAAUUGCACGGCAAGAACAGGCCUUGAUAUGCUUGCGAAACACUUCUAUCAGGCUGCUAGUGUUGGAGUGGUCUUCUUUGUGCCAGAAAGCGAUGGGGAUAUCAUGCUCUAUAAUGAGUUCAUGCAUUAUCUUGGGGAGAGAGAGAGAGCAGCAGUUGCUAAACUGGGAGAGAAAACCACUUUAUUUCUUGUUCCACCAUCAGAUUUCUCUGAAAAAGUCUUGAAGGUACCAGGAAAAAUGAGCAUUUCAGGAGUAAUAUUAAAAUUCGACCACACCUCUUCCAAUUUUGGUCCUCAGGAUGCCUUGGAAGCCAUGAACUCAAAGUUACUUCCUUUUGUGCAUGGAGAUGGACUAGCAAUAGGGGAGGAUACAUCUUAUCACAGGCCUCGUUCCCCUGAAGCACUUGCAUCUUAUAUGGGUCGAAAUAAAAGCAAUUUAUAUACAGAGCCUCAGCAUUCUUCAAGUUCUUUUCCCUCGUUGCACAUGCCAGAGGGACUAAGUGGUUCGUAUAAUCCAGGGCAUGCACCUGGGUCCUUCUCACUUAGUACCAAAAGGACAUUUGAAAAUUUCAGUGAAGAUAGAUAUGAUCCACUUCCACACCAGAGCCAUACACAGUUAUCUAGUUGGUCUUCACGCCAAAUGCAAAACUCAAGCCCUAGAAACAUUAAUGAGGAACAUCUUCGACAACCAGCAGUGGUCGAUGGAAAUACAAGCUCAAGCCAUUACAUACCUGCAACUCCUUCCACAUCUUUAGCUGGCAGCAAUGCAAUGUCUCAACAAGAAAUGAAGCUUCCACAACCCUCGUCAACUUCCACAUUGCCGUUGCAGCCUGGGCAGAUAGCUCAACUAGCCUCACUCCUUGCUCAACAAAACCCAUCUGGGCACUUACCAAAUAUCUCAACACAAGAUAAUAGAAGCCCCAAAGAUUCAUUUAAGCUCUCUGAGGAAAAGAAGCCUAGUGGUCUCCAAACUUACGGUUAUGCAUCUUCUCAGUCUUUGGAUUCGCAGUUUGGGAAUUUGAAGCAACAGGCACCAAAGGCACCCUUAUUGUCGAAUACAGAGACUCAAAAUCAGAGCUCAGAUCCUCAGUCUCAGAGCACAGAUAAAGAAGAUAUGGAUGGAGAUCCACAGAAGCGCCUUCAGGCUACGUUGCAGCUUGCUGCUGCUCUUCUUCAGCAGAUACAGCAACAAGCAAAGGGAGCUUGAUCAGAUCUAGUUCUUUUGAAGAGCGUAUCUUUGUUAGAAGUGCCUGAUUCGGUGUACCUUUUGGGGAAUAAACCACGGUGGCGCUGAGAGAUCUUUGUUUCUUUCUAUUGAGGAAAUAUGCACAAUGUAGUCUGCCAUUGCAGCAGCAAUGACUGUUUUUUUGACAUGGUGGAUUUGGCAUUUUCAAUAUAAAUCCCACUUUUGGUUA